GCCGAGAUCAGAUCUUCUGCGGGUCCUCAGCCAGCUUCAUUCCCGGAAAACUGGGACAAGAACUACUACAGUGUCAGAAUCAGGCUACCAUGGCGCCAGCUCAGAGGUCACAGACGUCACUCGACUUCUGCCAUGAUGCACACUCAACUGCCCUCUUGCAAGGUUUACAGGAGCUGCGGUCAGAGAACCUGCUGGUAGAUGUCAUCCUUUGUGUCUCCGGGAAAGAGAUCCCAUGCCACAGAAAUGUACUCGCUGCUUGCAGUGGAUAUUUUCGCGCAAUGUUCUGCAAUGGUCAUCGUGAAAGCAAAGAGCAUAAGGUAACCAUUCAGGAAGCCAGUGCCAGUGCCUUGCAGCUUCUUGUCGACUACGCCUACACGUCAAAGGUGACCAUCACAGAGGACAAUGCUGUAGAACUAAUGGAAGGGGCCAGCUUCUUCCAGGUUCCACCAGUCAGCGAUGCUUGUACAAAGUUCCUGUCAGUGAAUCUAAGUAUCAAAAACUGUAUGAAGAUGGUAAUCAUAGGUGGCAUACUGAACCCCAUCCUGGAAGCAGAUGCAUUGUCAUAUGCAAUUAAAGAAUUUGUAGCAGCCAGCCAAACAGCAGAGUUCCUUGAUUUGACAAAGGAUCAACUCAUAAAGCUCAUCUCAUCAGACAACAUCAAGGCUUCUGAAGAAACUGUGUACACAUCAGUGUUGAAGUGGAUCAACCAUGACACCAGGAAGAGGAAGAAGGAGAUGAGAGAGCUGAUGGAGCUGGUUAGGUUUCCCUGGAUGGACAAGAUGUACUUCAUACAGAAGGUACAGACUGAUAAGAUAUUGUGCAAGUGCUGCCCUGAUAUUGUUUCAGAAGCUCUAAUGUAUCAGGCCUUCCCAGGGGAGAUCCAGUCACCCCGCACCCGUCCCCGCCAUGCCAGUGGUCUGAGGGAGGCAGUGGUGGUCAUUGGGGGGACAGAAAGAUCUGGAAACCCUCCGGUGGACAGCAAUGACAUCUUAAUGACACACUCCUAUACACCGUCAAGCACUAGUUGGGUUUCCAUGAGUAGAAUGAAGAGGACAAAUGACUUUGGAUUUGCUGUGGCAGUUUUGGGCACAAGUGACAUCAUGGUGUCUGUCGGUGGGGUUCAGUGCAGGGACGUUCGGCUAUAUCAGGCAGGACUUGAUUCCUGGUCUAGGCUUGCACCUAUGAACACAGGAAGGGACUAUCACAAGCUGGCAGUGGUGCAAGGUAAAGUCUAUGCCAUUGGUGGCAGAAUCAGCUGCUCACCACUACAUCUAACAGCCUGUGUAGAAGUCUAUGACAGAAGCCUGAACAAGUGGGCUGAAGGUGUUCCACUCCCAGAGCCAAGGUACUGGCAUGCAGCUGCAGUGUUAGAUGGUAGCAUAUACGUGAUAGGUGGACGUGAUGCUGAGAAUAAUACAACAUCUGCAGUGUACCGGUUCAACCCAGGAGAUCUAGACACCCAAUGGUGUACACUAAGUGACAUGCCACAGAAGGGAUGUGCUAUUGCUGCUUCAGCUCUUAAUGGUAGCAUCUAUGUCGCUGGGCUUCGCUCAAAAGUGCUGUGUUACAGGCCUCAAGAGGACUUGUGGACUGUUGUAACUAACACUGGUACUGGAUCUAGUUGUGGUAUGGCUGUCUUUGGUGGGGAGAUUUACAUCUAUGGAGGUCAUAAAUUUAAAGACAUCAAUGGAACAAAUGACGUUUUGUGGCUGGAUCAUCAAGACCAGUCACUCAAACAGGUGGGAACCAUGCCCAAGGGUCUGUUUGGACAUGGCUGUGUCACGAUACUAAAGGGCUGAGGUACAACAGAAUACCUCUAAUACUUCUAAGAUAUCACUGGCAACUCUUGUUGUAAAUGUAAUAUGAAGUAAAUGGUUGGCAAUCAGAUGGGACCAACAUUGUGUCAGGGCUCUUAAAUGAUGUUGUUUAUUGUACAAUGUCAUAAUGAAGUCAGGAUGUUGAAGAAUAUGUAUGAUAGUACGCAAUCGUUCAUAAUCGUUCAUAACUUACUUGAAAUGAACAGAAAAAGUACUAGUAUAUGACCCUUUUUGAUGACAUGUUCAAAUAUUUAGUGUAGCAUAUUCGAAGUAUUUUUACUAUGAAUUCUCUUUAACUAACAUUCGUUCAUUAUGCCUUUAAUGUCUUAGGAAGAAUAUUGUUUUAUAUCAUACAUUAGCAAUCAUGCUUGAUACAUCUAUGAGCAUUAAAAAUAUAGCCUGUACAC